UUGCAUUAGCGAGCACUUUAGAUUUAGUUUAAUUUUUAGCGCAUUGCAAACGUUCCUUCAUGAUAUUAGUGUAUUAAUUUAUACAAAGUGCCAAUAGAACAAUGUCAGAAACUAAAGCUAGAAAAAUUCUUGCUGAAUUGGUAAAGAAAUCCGGAAUCACUUAUUCGGUAGAUAAUGUUCUCACAAUUUUUCGCAACAAGGACGGAAAGUAUAACAAUAAGCGGCUGGGAGCUUUGCUGUCCCAGAUCUUUAAAACAACACCCAAUGGAGCGAAGUACGUGGAGCAGUUCGUGGCAUCCAAUCCGAAGGAUUCAUACAUGGCGCUGAUCAUAUUGCUGAACAAUUUCCUACAGGAUUGCAAACAGAUGCAGGCCGAGAAGUCGUCAGCUUUGACACAGCAGCAAACGACGGUGGUAACGGGAGAUUCCGUUUCUAAGCGAGCCACAAUGUUCGAAAGUCCUCCCCUGUCGUCGACCAGGAUUGUUACCGAUCAGGUUACUCCGGAGAACGUGCAGGAAAUAAAGGAGAAGAUUGUGCAGGCUGUUACGAAUCGUUCGACCGGUUCGAUUCCGGCUGCUUUGGUGUCGCAUAACUAUGAGUACAUCGGCAGCCGGAAGGGGGCGAUGGUAUCCUGGAACUUUAACUACGAGGAGCUGUAUCCGAUGCAGAACAAGAAUGUGGCUGCUAUUCCGCUGAGUUCUCAGGAGCCGAUUGUUUUGAAAGAGCUGCUGGAUUGCUUGGUGGGUGUGAAGGGUUCGUUGAUAUCGCCGAAAAAGCGAACUAUUCCGCUCAGUCCUGUCGAAUUCGUUGUUUCCGAUCAAAUAGAAGAAUCUCUGAAGGAUAUAGUUCGGGAAAUUUUACCCCUAGCGUCGCAUUACUCGCAAAUUCAAGAUUUCAUCUCCGCCUCUAGUUCAUUGGAGAGUGGACAGGUUUUGCACGCUCUUCGAGCUGCUCUUCAGAUUAUUAUCAACGAUUACUACUUAUCUAUAACGCAACUGGAGGAACUAUUUCUCAAGCAGCAGCUUACCUUUCACAAGUUGCUGUACUUUUUACGUCCAGUUUUCCACACGAUGGAAGUCCUAGCGGAAUCGGUUAGUACGAUUCGGCAGACCAACUCAAAAGGAGGAAGUGUGUUAACCCUUUUGCAUGAUAAGAUCACCUCCACAACGGGAGACGAGAAAAGCCAAAAGGUGCUGGUACAUUUGCUGGAGAUGGCCGCCGUGCCGUACAUGGAAAUGCUACAGCUUUGGAUUUUCGAUGGUGUAAUUCACGACACGCGGCGUGAGUUUCUUAUCGAACACAACGCAAUGGAUCUGAACGAGAACGAACUGAUGGAUUACUGGGAGAAGCAGUACACGAUCCGAUUGGAUAAGGUGCCUUGUUUUCUCAACAAGUACGCAGACGUUAUUCUUCGCACCGGAAAAUACCUGAACGUUAUCAGAGAGUGUGGAAGCGCCGCAGAUUAUCAACGACAAAGUACCAUCAAUCUGAAGUAUACUCACACCGAGCAAACGUACAUUACAGUUAUUGAAGAUGCGUACAAUUUCGCAUCCUCUUCGUUGCUGAACCUGAUUAUGAACAAGUACAAUUUGAUCGGAAGGUUACACUCGGUCAAGCGAUACUUCCUGCUGCAGCAGGGUGACUUCAUCUCCCAGUUCAUGGAUGCUUGUGAAGAAGACCUGAACAAGGAUGUCGAUAAUUUGCGUCCGAUGCGAUUGGAAAAUCUACUUGAAGUUACGUUGAACAUGUCAUCGGCGCGGUACGAUGAAUAUCACGAUGAUCUGAAGACGAUGCUGUUGCCGUACGGAAUCGUAACGCAAAUUUCGAAAAUCGUUAAAAAAGAGGACGUCUUCCUCGAUACACUUGGAGACACGUCACAGCUCAAGGGAAUCGAAUGUUUUACCUUCAGCUAUAACGCACAGUGGCCAGUAUCGAUCGUGCUGAAUCGGUGGACCAUCUCCAAGUACCAGAUGAUCUUUCGGCAGUUGUUCUACCUGAAAUAUGUCGAGCGGAUUCUGUGCCGCGUAUGGAUCGCCAACAAUCGGACCAAACUGUUCGCUCCACAAACGGCCAAACUGUACCGUUCGGCGUUCACGUUGCGCCAGAAAAUGUUGAUCGCUAUUCAAAACUUCGAAUCGUACAUGAUGAUUGAGGUUAUCGAACCGAACUGGCACAUCUUCUAUCAAAACAUAAAGCAGAUAAAAAACAUCGACGACGUCCUAAACUACCACCAAGACUUCCUCGAUCAGUGCAUCAAAAACUGCAUGCUAACGGAUCCGGACCUGCUGAAGUCCAUCAUCAACCUGUGCAACAUUUGCAUUCAGUUUUGUGCAUUCCUGGCGGAUGCUACUUCGAUGGAACCAACAGAAACUUUUUCUGCACGGGUAGAACACUUCCGAACCGACUUUACCGAACAGCUGAUGUCGCUGUUGCGCAAAAUAACUGACAUUGCCACACAAAAUCCCUCGGAGAAAUUCAUUAAUCUCAUCCAUAGGAUCAACUUCAACUCGUACUAUAGCGAUAAUUUCGAUAGUUAGAAAAACGUAAUCAAACGCUUACCGAUGUCUACCUAAAAACCUUCUGCGGAAGUCUCGUUGCCAAGGCGUACCUGUUUGUUCCUUAUCACACAACAAAAAAACGCUUAUCGCAAUAGUUAGGCCAAUUGCCGCUAAGUUCCACCUGCUAGAUGGUGGAUAGAAACCUCUCCUGGGAUUUCGGUCCAUUUAAUGUCACUCAAUCGUAAAAUACACAGGAAAUUUUAAUCUA